CUCAGUUCUCUGUCUCUGUCUAUAUUAUCGCUUUGCAAUAUAGUAAUCGGUCAACAAAGAAAACCUUAGGUUGUGAUUGAUAUGUACACAUAAUCUACCCCAACACUGUACCCGAGGGGAUUCCUCCGAUUCCUCGUCACGCGGAAACAGGGUUUGAAACGUUCGAAUUCAAAGGGCGAUGGUGGGUAGGAGUUAGUCACACCUUAUGUAAUUUUGAGGCUUUAUCUUUUACAGAGAUAAAAUUACUACGAGCGAUAAAUUCAUUCAGGAAUCGUUCGUCACCUAAUCAUCGAUGCUGGCUAGUUCUGGGAAUCGGUUUAAUUUUGUUGGGGGCAGCUUAUCGCCUAGGGAGAUUUCUUCAUCAGUGGCAUUGCAUUCCUUAAUUGAGACAUUGCCGCCUCAUAGCAUAGUGCUCAUUGAGCACAACCAAGUCGUAUAUAAUGUGGCUGAUGGUCAUGUGCCAGGAAAGUUGAAAUUGUGCUAGAAAUUUCGGGAUUCGAACCCGGCACCGCGUCUUAUUGCAGAGCAAUGAUUGGCUUUCAGUUGCAUAGUGAUGAAGUUAAAAUUCAAUCGAGAAGCUCACCAGACCAUAUGUAGCUUAACAGCGACAAUUUGUGGAAAAGUGUUGUGAAAUGUGUUUCAGACAUACCUACAAAUGAAUUGAAACAUUAUGAGAGGCUUUUCAUAAUUCAAAAGACAAAGGAGUUUUUGAUAAUUAGAUUAGAUUAACUUUAAUAUGGAACUAACUAUCCCAAGCGGGGAAGGUAGAUUUAAUUUGGUGACUAAUUCAACGAUUCGCCUUCAAAGCAAGCUGAUACCAAAUUACACUUUUGAGGUUCCUGAUAAGCUGUUGCUAAAAGGUGCCUCUCUUAGAUCCAUUGAUGAAAAUGUAACAUCAAGGUGACAGCAUUUAGAAAGUAUCCGGGUUCAGUUAGACUUUUAUUGGAUAACUUCAACACACUUUAAAACCCUGUAAAUUUGAGAGCAGAUCCUUAUGGUUCGCAUGCAAUGCCGCGAAGCAGCAUACUUUAUGUUUCUCAGGAAGCAGCAGGGGACUCGCAGACAGGUGUGCGAGGGCAUCAUAUCUUAUCAGUCAGUGUCCACCUGGCUAAACGGGGGUUGAUCGAUUUCCUUAAAUCCACACAACAAUGGUUCGUGAAGCAUUAGUGUUUUUAUUACCUUACCGCCGUGCAGAGGCUCGUGAGUAAACACAGUUCCCACAAAAUGUGGUCAACUUGGCUGCUUCCAUUGACCCUGCUCAGCAGUGGUAGCAUACCGGAGGAGAAGAUCAAGCAUCAGCCGAAGAGUGGAAAUGUCAGCAGAGAGCUGCAUCGCAACGUGGAAUUCACUAUCGAGGAAGUCCUGCUCUUGAACCGUAAUUUCGUGGACUAUCUGGCGGUGAUUGAUGGCCAGGCUAUUCAGGAUGUUCUGGAUCGACAAUGUGCAAACAAAAUGCGACAACUUGCUGAAGCGUAUUUGGAGAGACAAUGGAUUGGAUUGGGUGUUAGUAUCCGUGAAGUGAAUUUUUGGUUCGACUCUUGGGGAAAGUUGCCGUCAGGAAUGUAUCAUGAAAAUGGCUUCGCACUGGGAAACGUUGAUCAGUGCCGGGCUAUCGAGCACACUCGGAUGCAGCAUUGCACAUUUAUUGGAGCGUUUCCUAGCAAUCUGGCACCAAUGCUUUCCGGGUUGUGUAUUCCCCACUCUUGUAAUCCAGAUUUUGCGCAACAGCUGUACGGAGAUUAUUUGAGUACCCAAGGUGUCUUUUUGGUUCAGAUGUUCCAACAAGAUUUACUCUGCAUUAGAGAUGAAGUGGUCUAUUUCGAUGGGGCGAUGAUUACAGCAACUGUGGUAAGUGCCACGAUUGCGCUUUUCGUUCUGUGUAGUACCGUCUAUGAACUGAGCAUACUAGCGCUGAAACGUAAAAUCGACCCUUUGUUCAGCUCAUUUUCUUUGCUAGCAAAUGUGAGAAGUAUUCUGCAUUUGGUACCGCGAGUCAAAAACGCCCAGUCGAGUAUGAUCGAUUGCGCUCACGGCAUACGAUCUUUGUCCAUGAUCUGGAUCAUUGUACUUCACGUACAUGAUAUGUCAAACACCGUUCCCUGGGAGAACAAUCCGGCACGCGAAGAGUAUCUUCGGAGUUUCGUAGCGUCUGUACUGCACUAUAGCGGAAUGCUGGCGGUUGAUACCUUCUUCGUUCUCAGUGGAAUGCUAGUGGCUAUGAGCAUGCUACGAGAACUGGACAAAAAGGGUAAAAUCAACCCUCUGAUGCUGUACUUGCACAGAUACAUCCGAAUUACGGCUCCGCUGGCUGCUCUGAUACUAUUCGUAGUCUCCUUUGCGGCCUACAUGGGAGAAGGCGUUUUCUGGAAAGCCAAUAUUGAGUUUCUAAAACAAGGAUGUGUAGCCAACUGGUGGUCUGCCCUUCUACACAUCCAGAACUACGUUGAUCCACAGAACAUGUGUCUCCCAUGGACUUGGUACCUCUCCGUUGACAUGCAGCUGUACAUCAUCUCUCCAGCCUUAAUCUACCCAUUGUGGCGAUACGGAAAGCGGGUUCUCUUCGUCAUCGGAGGCCUUGCCGUUCUGUCGAUGGCAUGCGUACUAACUACUUUUCUGAUCAACGAGUUCCGGUUGAGUUUCUUCGCUCCGGUCAUCGACAUCCGGAGGUACACGCUGACAUACUACGCCACGCAUGCCAGAAUGGCCGUUUGGUUGUGGGGACUAGCCUUUGGCUAUCUUCUGCACAAAACCAAGGAAACUGGAGUGAAUCUUCCGAAGCGGUACUGGAUCGCUGGAUGGGUAGCAUGCUUUGUACUGCUCGGGUUGAUCAUCUUCUCCAACUACCAGUUUCACUCGACCGAUGUCAACGAUUUUUCUUUCGUGAUUGAUGCCUUCUACGAACCACUGUCCCGAUCUGUGUUUGGCUUGUGCGUCAUGUGGAUAAUAUUGGCUUGUGUGAAUGGGAAAGGCGGUCUGUUGGAUGAGUUUUUGGGAGCUUCCAUAUGGCAACCUCUGUCACGGUUAUCGUUCACCAUGUAUUUGCUGCAUAUUUUGCUACUGGUAAUGGCAUCGGUGGCACCAUCCAAAACAAGCAGCUAUUUCAGCGUGAUCGAUACGUUUUAUCGGAUCUGGGGUGCUAUCGGUUUGACAACUAGCGUAACGCUGCUAUGGAGUGCUAUUUUCGAAGUGCCAUUCGGAACGCUUGAUAAAUUGCUUCUGAGGAGCUGAGUAGUGAGCAUUGCAAUACCAAAUUGAUAUUAAAUAUGAUGUUCUUUCAAUGCAUAUAUCGAAUACAUUGUUUUACAAGUUUAUAAUUAAAAUAUUGUUAAGAGACGAGCCAGCCUAGGGCUGCAAGUCUCUCUAAUAAAGACAAAAAAGUUAGAAUAUUGAAUGUCAGUCACAUUAUAAACAUAAAUUAAAAUUAACUUUCGAAUAAAUUGAAAUUGCUUGAAAAUACUUUUGUACGUUAGCUGCAGAGAAUGUUUUAUUCAACCAUAUUUGGGGUUUUGCGAUCGUGAUAAUCAGGUACCUUAUCAUAGUAAGACAGAUUAAUUAUAUUAGUAGAAGGUUGUGACAUUUCCAACAAUCAGCUCGUAUCUGAUAGAU